GAGGAACCUGAGUUUCUGAGGAUCCCUGCAGACACUCCUGAGACACAGCUCGUGCAUCUCCACAGCUCUGCCUGCUGCCACCAUGAAGGUCCCCGCAGCCACCCUCGUGGUCCUCCUCACCACUGCUGCUCUCUGUGCUCCUGCAUCUGCCUCCCCAUAUGCCUCUGACACCACGCCCUGCUGCUUUGCCUACAUUGCCCGCUCACUGCCCCGAGCCCAUAUCAAGGAGUAUUUCUACACCAGUGGCAAGUGCUCCAACCCGGCAGUUGUCUUUGUCACCAGAAAAAACCGCCAGGUGUGUGCCAAUCCAGAAAAGAAAUGGGUUAAGGAGUACAUCAACUCUCUGGAGAUGAGCUAGGAUGGAGGGCAUCUUGAACAUGAACUUCAGCAAACUCUCCCAGUGCUGUUUGCUCUUGUCCCAGCCAGCUUGGGAGGUUUUCUCCCAUCUCUUCCUUGGAGGGCACAGGUGCUACCACACAGCAGCAGGUAUAAAAGCCUUCAGCUAAAGCCUCAGAGAGCUACUGAGACUCUGCCUUGGCAACAAGAAACCUCUAGGUGCUAAGUUUCAGGUCACAGCUCUGCAACCAAGAAGUCAGCAUGCCUCCAGAGGCAAAGAGAAGACUGGGUUCCUACAGGAUAUCCCAAGGCUAGAGCCCCCAUCUCAGCCCCUCUGGCAAACAGAAAAAUCAGCUUUCCAUUAAAAUUCUCUGCACAA